AUGGCAGGGUUUCCUCGGAACGCCAAACCAUUUCGAGAGAUACCUAAAGUGCCAUCUUUGCCAGUGAUUGGCAGUUCUUGGAUUUAUUCACGUCUCCUAGGAAACGGCCACCCGGAUGAGAGGCACAAGGUAUCUAUGGAACUGCACAGAAAGUAUGGGCCUAUCUUCGUGGAGAAGCUACCGGGCCGUUACUCCGUAGUGCAUCUCUCCAGAGCCGCAGACAUAAAGAAUCUGUAUCAAGAGGAAGGCAAAGAGCCCGUCAGGAUUGGAGCUACACCCUUCAAACGCUACCGCGAGUCCAGGCCGCAGUACUAUAGCGACGCUGGCCUGCUCAAUCUCCAGGGAAAUGAAUGGCAGAAAGUCCGCUCGACGACGCAGCCUUACGCGCUGAAGAUCAACACUACGAGGUCGUAUGUGCCGAUCAUGAACAGGGUUUGCGAAGAAGCUCUGGACCUUAUCGAGCAAGUAAAGGACGAUCAAGGUGAAGUGAAGGACUGUUUUUCUGUGCUUCGGCGCUGGGCGCUAGAAAGUAUAGUGUUGUCAUCAGUGGAUGCGCGUCUGGGCGCAUUGAAGCAUCCACUUGAUCCCACAUCUGAUGGUGCAGCGAUAUUAAACGACAUGGAGACAAUAUUUGCCUGUAUGCAAAAGUUUUGUUACCGGUUUCCAUACUUUCACUACUUUCGAACGCCUACUUGGAGCCAUUUCGAGCGCGCCAUGGAUAACUUUACGGUGUAA